AUGUCGACUCCUGAUGCUGGGUCUGAUAUUGCCUUGCAUGCGGGAGCGGGAACGAACACGACGGACCGCAGUUCAGAUCCUUUAGGGUUAUCUAUUGUAUAUACACCCGAGGAGAAUCGAACUGCGGACAUUAUAUUUAUCCACGGCCUCGGAGGCUCUAGCAGGAUGACAUGGUGUAAGAGCCGGAGGUUGGACACAUUUUGGCCACGUGAGUGGUUACCAAAGGACGAAGACUUGCAUCACGCCCGGAUAUUCACCUUCGGAUAUAACUCUCAGUUUCGCUCGUCAAGCCAGAGCUCAGCACUGGGUAUCAGCGAUUUCUCCAAGAAUCUUCUUUAUGAUAUGAUCUUUGCCAGAGAUCUUCAAGGGGGACACCUGCACAUGGGCGAGGUUCCUAUAAUCUUCGUCGUUCAUUCCAUGGGAGGCCUUGUGUUUAAAAAGGCGUAUCUAGACGCGCGGCUAGAUGCGCGAUAUGCGACAGUCAUGAACUCCACCAAAGCCGUCGUGUUUCUCUCCACUCCUCAUCGUGGCUCCGACUUGGCCCCGUAUUUAAACCGAGUCCUUUCCGCUAGUUUCGGGUCCACGCCGAAACAAUACGUUGCCGAGCUGACCAAGUCUUCAUCUUUUCUGCAUACCGUAAAUGAGCAGUUCCGCCAUGUCGCCAAUGAACUCCAGAUAUUUUCCUUUUUUGAAACUUUACGAUCAUCGAUUGGGGUAUCUUCCGCAUUAAUUCUAGACCCCGAAUCGGCAAAGUUGGGGUACCCUGGUGAGGUCUCAAGAUCGCUUAAUGCAAACCACUAUCAUGUGUGCAAAUUUGAGACUCCGCAAGAUACCAACUAUCGUGUCGUCGUCGGUGCCCUGAAAUCCAUUGUUUCAUCAAUUCAUUCGACUGGAACCGAACUCGAUGCGCAACAUGGCGAAAGGCUCCGCUCCUUUCUAUCUAUUUCAGCGGCCAUUGAUCAUGACUUUGAUCUUUUUUGCGGCCGUCGAGCCGAGGGAACAUGUCAGUGGCUUCUCGAGCAGGCCCCUAUUCGCGAGUGGCUUUCCACUCCAUCACAGUCAGAGGUUCUUAUGAUUCAUGGACGACCCGGGCGUGGGAAGUCCGUCGUAGCGUCCUUCUUAGCACAGCAUCUCAAUGGGUUUGGCGCUGUGGUGCAGUAUUUCUUCUUUCGGGCUGGCGAUGAAACCAAAACGACCAUGGCCGCGCUGAUCCGGACCAUCGCGUUUCAAAUUGCACAACAGCUUCCUUCUUUCCGCAAGACUUUGUUGGACAUGGUAGAUGGCGGGUAUAAGCCCAAAGACGCUGAAUGGAGAUCGACAUGGAAGAGACUGUUUGUGAAUCUGCUUUUUGAGAUGGAGUUCCAUCCACCUCUCUAUUGGAUCAUAGAUGGUGUUGACGAAGCCGCGUCUCCUCAUCACCUCUUUGAGCUUUUAUCGGACCUUAAACUUUCCAAAAUUCCUAUCAGGGUCUUGGUAACAAGUCGAUGGAGCCAAACUCUGGUAUCUGCUUUGGAGCGAGCUAGUUCCAGGGUGCCGUCUUCCAUGUUCAGCAUUGAUAGCGACUUGACUGACAUGAGGCUCUACGUGGAAGAGGAACUCAAAUAUAAUAACUGGGAGGAAAAGAUUACUGACAAGGUCGUUCGACAAGUUCUCGAAAGAGCAAACGACAACUUUCUAUGGGUCCAUUUGAUUUUGGAGGAGCUCAAGGACUGCAACACAGAAGAGGACAUUGAAGACCGCCUUAUUGAACUUCCUCGCGGCAUGGACGGACUGUAUCAGCGCAUGGAAGAGACCAUAUGCCGCAUCCAACGGCCCUCGGACCGGAAUCUCGCCCGUAGGCUCCUCAUCUGGUCCAUGUAUACGCGCCGAACACUUGCAAUGGAUGAGCUUUCCGAUGCCCUGGCGCCCGAUUUUGGCCGGAUUCUCGACAUUUCUCAAACCGCGGGCAGGCUCUGUGGUCACUUUAUAACAAUUGAAGGUGAAGACAAGAUUGGAUUGAUUCACCAGACAGCCCGCGAGUAUCUUACAACGACUUCGUCCCUACCUUUUUCUCUGGACGGCCCCGCUGCACAUGGGGAACUGUUCAGGGCCUCCAUAACAUCCUUCUUAGACAAAGGCCUGCGGUCCAAGCUUCAGCGUGCUUCGCCAAAAUUGCUUGAGUACCGUGCGACAUCAUGGCCUUACCACUUAUGCGCCACUGACUUGCAGAAAAAUGGAGAUGAGCACCUGGAUCUUUUGACGCAGUUCUUCACACAGCCCUCGGUUCUAAUCUGGACCCAUGUGCUGGCUUUACUUGGUCAACUCAGAGUGCUCAUUGAAGCGUCCCAGUCUUUGUAUACCUUCGUCAGGAGAAAGAGAAAGGCCGAAGCUGUCAGUGACCCUGCUUUCAGAAGAUUUGAUGAGCUCGAGGUCUUGGAAAGCUGGUCUCGGGACUUGCUGAAGUUACUCGGCAAGUUUGGGAGCUGUCUAACCCAAGAGCCGACCAUCAUUUACACCAGCGUGGCGUCGUUUUGUCCUACAAGCUCUUCGAUUUUCAAGACCUUUGGAAGGCAACAAACCAGUAAUGUUGCAGUACAGGGGCUCCCGGAAGACUGGGAUGAUUGCCUCGCCAGGGUUUCCGUUGGCGCCGAAAGCGUGGCAACGCUCAUAUGCUGUUCUGGACGAUAUCUUGCCGUGGGGACUUCAGGAAAGACGGCAGUCGUUUGGGAUUGCACAACCUUUCACCAGGUUGCUGAAUUGGAGCAUGGCGAAGCAGUUUCAGCGCUCUGUUUCAGCUCCAAGGGAGAUCGUCUGGCGACCUAUGGACUCCGUCACACCAAGAUCUGGACCCCCCAAACCGGGAAGCUCUUGUUAUCCAUCCCAAACUACGCCAAUAUGCAGGCUCUUUGUCUGCGAUUCGUCGAUGACGACACCGCAAUCACCAUGGGAUCUGACCAUCGAUGUGUCCUGCGUGUCUCUCUCUCCCCGAAAGCAGCCUGUGAAUGGAGCAAUAUGAACCCGCAACUCCUCAACGAUACCGAAUCGCUCGAAGGCACCUAUCUCAAUUCCCCCGUUGCAUUGUCUAUCACACCGGAUGGAUCCAAGAUUGCGGCGACUUACAGAAGGUUCCCACUCACAAUCUGGUCCUUCGACUCAGCUACACCCUUAGUACGUCUGGCGCGACCAGACAAGGCCGGCCAACCCUCGAAGCCACUCCCGUUUGUCUCCAAGAUCUCGUGGCACCCCGGAGGAGAUGAGAUUCUUGGAAUUUUCAUGGACGGGCAUAGUUUUAGAUGGAACAUUGUGGAUGGGGCCUACCAAGAACAUGCACCUACACCGGGACAGAUGCCGUCCGAUAUCAUCUGCAGUCCAGACGGGCUGGUCUAUGCAAUCUGCGGAGUUCGCGGGACAAUAAGGCUUUUCGACUACCAAAGUUCCAUGUUGAUAUACCAACUAAACUCGGAUGACUUGAUCACUGCUUUUUGCUUCAGCCACGAUGGAAGAAAAUUUUAUGAUAUUCGCGGCAGCUACUGCACCGUUUGGGAGCCAAAUGCUCUUAUGCGUCUGACAAUGGUGGACGACGACGCCGCUCAUAGCCAGGCUGCCGAGCAAAGCGUCCGGCAGUCUCAAGUGGCUUCCGAAACGGCGGUUGAUAGCUCUGCUCCAGUACUCCUCAUGUCUCCUGCGCCGCAGAACCAUGCGGUGUGCUUUGGAAAUGAGGAAGGGGCCGUGGAGCUGUUUGACUACGAAGCGUCGGAGAAAUUGCGCCUUGGACAGACUGCGUCUCAAAUGAGUAUUGAGCAUCUCGCCUGGAGCGAAGACGGCGAUCGUGUCUGCUACGCGGAGCUAGGUGGUCGUCUCACCGUCGUGCAGCUCGAUCAUGGGAAGGAGGGCCGUCGAGCACGCCGAGUCGAAAGGUUCAAGCCCAAGUUUGACACUGUGGGUGUCGCACAAAUACUUUUCUUGCCAGGGUCUCGCAACUCUCUACUUGUGUCGUCAUCGUCUUCCGUACAACGUUGGUCUCUUGAACCAGCCCAACUUGAGACAACCUGGGACUAUGGACAAUCACCAACAUCCCGGCAGUGGAUUCCCCAUCCUCGAUAUUCUCGGAAUCUCCUGUCCAUCACACCUGACGGUGUGUCUGUUCACCUGCGAUGUAGUCUGGAAAAGAUCUCUACAGUCCUCUGGGAUGCUAUCAGUACCGGAGACCGCCCGGAUGACUCUUUGCCAGGGUCAUCUAGCACACAUCAAAACCCUAAUGAUGCAGUAGAUGAUGUACCUGUCAACGAAGAAGUUGAGAGCGUGAAAAAUACAUUUGUGGACGGUCACCUUUUGGUUAAAAUAUCCAGGACUUCAUCGUCUAGCAAACUACGGCCCCGAUUCUUGAUUUUUGAUGCGAAUCACAACUUGGAAAAUUCGAUUUCGCUCGUGCAUAUCCCAGAAAAAGUUUCGCAGAUGGUUGAGAUGCCACUGAACGUUCUCCCCAACGGUAAACUAGUCUUCAUAGAUCAGUCGUUUCGAGUUUGUUCAUGGCACAUAGGACCUACAAGCAGGGCAGAUAACGUGCAACGGUACUUCUUCAUACCCCGGGACUGGUUACCACUGCAGAGUCUCGGGCUUUUGCAAAUCACAUCGACUGGCGCAAUUUUGUGUCCCCGAAAAGGUGGAGUUUCUGUUAUUCAUAGCUCAAUCGGCGCGGCCUUUUAG